AUGGACUUAUUUGCUACUGUAUCACGUUUACCUUUUUCGGUUCUCGGACCACAUCGUAGUGAUACAUCUACAGUCGAUCGUUUAAACUAUAAAUAUACAGUUAUUAUUCUAGUCAUAUUUUCGAUUAUUGUUUCAAAUAAACAAUUUUCAUCAGAUCAUAUUGCGUGUUGGGUACCUGGACAUUUUACACGUUCAUACGAAGUCUAUUCAAAUAAUAUAUGUUGGGUAUCGAAUACAUAUUAUGUUGCAACAGCUGAAACAUUACCCUUAGACGAAAAUAAGAAAAAAACUCGUGUUGUUAAGUAUUACCAGUGGACUCCAUUUAUAUUACUUUUCCAAGCUGUCCUAUUCUAUUUGCCACGAAUGUUGUGGCGUUCCUUAUCAGCUAAAUCAGGCAUUAAUAUAGUUAAUCUAGUCGAUGCAGCAUUAAAUUAUCAAACAGCCGAUCGUUUUGAAGAUCGUAAUAAAAUUAUAACUUAUUUAACUCGAUCUAUAGAUCAAUAUGUUUAUAUGCGUAAACGAAAACGAAAACGUUUUGACUUUAUACGUCGUUUUCUAGCAUUUAUUCUUUGUGUACCCGGACGUCGUAUGGGUUCAUAUUUGUUAAUACUUUUUUUCGUUACAAAAAUUUUAUUUAUUGUCAAUUCUGUUGGACAAUUAUUUUUAUUGAAUAUCUUUUUGGGUCAUAAUUUUGCAUCAUAUGGAGUUGAUUUAAUAAAAAAAAUUUUAAAUGGAGAAGAACUUGCUGAAUCAAUUUAUUUUCCACGUGUUACUAUAUGCGAAUUUGCUGUUAGAAAUAUACAAAAUGUUCAUGUUCAUACCGUACAGUGUGUACUACCGAUCAAUCUAUUUAAUGAAAAAGCAUUUCUAUUCAUUUGGUUUUGGCUUGCUUUUUUAACUAUAUGUAAUACGUACGAUUUAUUAGCAUGGUUUGUUCGUUCAUUUGGUCGUGUACGUUAUGCUUAUAUAAAAAAACGUCUUGAAUUAAUGCAAAGUGACGCACACCUACGACGAAUGCCAGCAAAAGAAUUUAUACAUCGUUAUUUACAACAUGAUGGUGUACUUAUAUUAAGACUUCUUGCGUAUAAUUCAAGUGAUUUAGUUGUCACUGAAUUAAUACAACAAUUAUGGCAAUUUUAUAAACGUGUCGGAAGUGGUGGUGGACCUGGUUCAACAACUGGAUCGGGUGUUUCAUCAGCAGUUAAUCAACCAUCAUCAAGAGGUGGUCCAGGCGGUGGAAGACAGAGAACCAAUUUAUUGGAUACACAAACUAGCUUUUUCGGCAUUGGUAGUACAGCUGGCGGACAAUCAACAGAUACUCCGAUGUAUUAUUUUUCAUCACAUGAUGACCAUGAUCAACUUUAG